AUGAAGAUUGUGUGGAAGAUGUUUCACCACACACCAACCACGAUCCUGCUUCUGCUCUCAGUAACGCUGGUGGGCGCAACUUCGAAUAUGCGGAGGAGGAUGGGCGAGAGCAUUGCAGGGGAGUGUCGUACACCAUAUAGUAAGCAUGAGAACGAAGUCAUGAGGGAGGCGUUCGAGAAGAUCAACCUCGACAAGCGCCAGACGACCGAGAUUGUGUUCGACGUCCAUUUUAACGUCGUAGCUGCGAACAUCACCGAGGCGGGUGGAUGGGUCCCAGACUCUCAGAUCGAGAGGCAAUUCGAGAUGCUGAGAGAAGGUUUUUCGGGACACGGGAUCUUCUUCCAGUUUGGCAGCACGACGCGUAUCCUCUCGUCGAACUGGCACCAUAACCUGAACGUUCCAGAGGACGACAUUCUGGAAAGAAUGCUCAUCAACUACGGGACCCUCUUCCGCAAAGGAGGUGCCACCAGCCUGAACAUCAAUCUCAUUUUGUUCGGCUCAGAUGACGAAACGUACGGCUUUGGCCUUCCACCGUCGCUGUACCGAGCAUACCCUGAGCUCGACGGGAUCUAUGUCCGCUUUACUUCUCUGCCCGGUGGGGCCAGCCGUGCGAGGCAAGGUAGCACCGCCGUCCAUGAGGCGGGGCACUGGCUGGGGUUAUGGCAUACUUUCCAGGACGGUUGCGAAGGUGAGGGUGACGGUGUUGCAGACACACCCGCUGAGGCUGGCCCGGCCUCGGGAUGCCCCAUUGGCCGGGAUAGCUGUCCAACCCUGCCGGGUUUGGACCCAGUCCAAAACUGGAUGGAUUAUUCGGCCGAAGGCUGUCGAGAUUCGUUCACAGCUGGACAGGUAGCACGCAUGCAAGCUGCGUCACGAUACCGGAUCGAUGUGCUGUCGUAA